AUGUCGACCAACCGGCCGUUCCUGGCCAACUUCCUUGCGGCCUUUCGAGCUCAGUCGACUUAUAAAGCAUCGACCGCCGGCUCUCAAACCGCAUCGACUGCCUCAUCCUCCCUCUCUCCACCCCAGAUCUCCCAAGGCGCCCGAGCCAUCGCCACAAAGGCCCCCGGCAACACAACUGCUUCUUCUCCCUCUGCCUCAUCAUCGGCAGAGACAUCUUCCCCCGCAACCCACCACUAUCAUCACCACGCUAGACCGCACUCGCAUCCGCGGUCGCCACUGAAUCAGCCCUCUGCCUCUACAGAAUUCCCGGCGCCAUCUUCAUCAUCGGCUGCUUCCACCCCUUUAACCGGCUCCUCGCCUCCGCCGCCGCCGCCGCCUCCUACAUCCUCAACUCCAAUCCCCAUUACCAAUAGUCGUGACCGCGAGCGUCGCGGCAGCGAUAGCUCGAGCGGCUCCGGCGGAUUUCGGGAUGCCCUAGGACCCGAGAAAUGGUAUAUUGGUGGUCGCACGGCGGCCGGGGAAGAACGAUUCUACCGACUUGGAAUGGUGACCAAGGGUGGAGGUCGAUUAGGUGGGAGCGGAAGAGUAGGAAGUAUUGAUCAGUUGAGUUUAUGA